ACCUGGGUUAUUUGUUUAUUUUUCUUCAAAUCAAAGACAAGAAAGCUAAGUACAAUGAGUCAAAAAUUUACUUCCUUUCUGGCAAAUGUUCGCUUUCUUUCUUCUGCUUAUCUUCUUCUUCCACUUCUCUCUUUCUUGCCCGCGACUCGGCUCAGCUCAGCUCUUGUAGCCUCUUACUCGGGUAUAUAUCCCUUUCAUUCUCCUUCUUCUUCUUCUUUCCGCCCCCCCCCAGUCUUGUUAUCCCCACAAAAAAUUGGUGGGGGAACGGCGCGGAUCGGGGUUAUCGAGUAG